GCAGAAAAACAGGUCCUGACAAUUUCGUGGGUUUGAUCUUGCAGAUUUGGUUCUGCAAUAAACGCCAGGCGCAACGACGACGGGCAACACCUCUGCAGCCUCACGAGAUGGUUCCCAAUAGCGCGCGUCGCAGCUCGAUGGCGCCCUCGUCACAGCUGUCACUCGUGUCGUCGUCUCCAGGAUUCGAUCGAGGCGGCGUGGGGCUCAGCAAUCCCGCUAGCGACAAUAGCGUGUCGUCAGGAUUUCCCAUGACAAGCAGUCCCUACGCCGCCGCCGCCGCCUCCACAGGACCAAGCCAGAGACCACGGGCGCGGCAGUACCAUCGCUGUACCAACACCACCACCACUACUAACAACAACAGCAACAACAACAGCAACAUCGAAAUUCACCCCGCUACCCGCCAGCUCCGAGAACCAGAGGAAGCCGAACCCGCGUCCGGUCAGCUGCAGCAGGAACAAUCAGACGCCCGGUCAGAAGGGGUUCCGUCAUUGCCCCACGAGUCGAAAUCACAACACACCACUGUCACGACACAGUCGCACAACACGUACACGUUCACCAAAAAAGGCUUCAUAAUGCCCACAGCUGCAGUGACCGCGUCGACUGCCACCACAAUUCAACACGAGACCAAGAUGACUACCUCUGCUGCCCAUCGUCGUCUGCAGGACGUGUUGAACGGUCCCGUCAUCGCACCCGCAGCCAUUGAGGAGCCCGUCUUGCCCCCGCCCCUCGCGUCGACUAACCCCCGUCGAACACCGUCCACGUCCACGUCCGCGUCCGCCAACCAGUUGCCCCCUCCACCACGCCUCCUCCGACGUUCCUCGUCGGCAAUUCGCCUGACCACAUCACUGGAAGGCAAGGCUACCGUGGUUCUCGAAGACGCGCCUCCAUCGUCCCCACCAAAGCAGCUCCCGACGCCCGGACCUCGAACCGCUAGGCGAAGGCCCCUAAGCACGCCUGUCGACAGCAGCCUGUGGGAGUUCUGCUGCGACAACCAAUCCGCGAUCCGGUCGCCUGCUGCAACACCUCCGCAGCCUUCGGAAGCGACCCAGGCACUGCGGCUACUGCGGACUCGACGCAACACCAUCGGCAGUCUUCCAACGCUACUUCGAACUCUAUCUCAAACCCAACCCAUCACUGCUGCUGCCACCACCACUACUACCUCCACCAACACCACCAACACCACCAACACAACCGCCAUCCGGAAAGAUGAAUUCGUCAAACCAACGCCCGUCAAGAAAAAGCCUCAACCAGCGUUGCCGUCACUAUCCGAGAAAAAGAAGUCUUCCGUUUCGAAGCCGCUCGCCGCAAAGACGCCAGCAAAGAAGACGCCAUCCAAGACGCCAUCGAAGCCUCCCCUAAAGAAGCAGCAACAGGACCGCAAAGUCAUCACGUCGACCAAAAAGGCCUCACGGCCAAAACCGCUCACUGGCUCCUUCAGCCGCAACAGAAAGGACUUUGGCUCGUUCGAGUCGCUCGAUAGCGAUAAGGAAAACCACCCGCCCGGCGCCUCGUUCUCGCCCCCGCCGGACCCGCCAAAGCGUCGUGCUCUCGGCGUCGCGGGGAAGGGCGCGUUGAACGGCACCUCUACCGCUACAUCCGUUAAGAAACCAAAGAGCAAGCCCUCAACUUCAUCCUCCAACAGGAGGCCGAGUACCUAUGAUAUCGUCGAUGAAGGAUACGGCGCCAGCCAGGAGUCGAUUAGCUUUGGCGGCCACGAGAAUGAGAGCCAGGAUGCUGAGCUGUUUGUCGAUGGCCAGGAUGGGGGUUUCGGCAGCACGGUAAGGCUGGCGUCGCCCAGAAGGGUGGAUGAGCUCGAGUGUGUCGAGAACUUGUUGAGUCUCAGGGGCGGCACUUGGAGGUAGUUUGGGAUUAUUGUGUAUCGGAAAGUGGCAGAGGAGGGGGGAGAGUUGUGCUUGUUUAUGUUUUCAGUUUUUCAGUUAUCAGUUCCACUGUUGUUUAUUUUCCUUGAGGUGGCGGGAUUCUAACGGGGAUUCUAACGGAACGGGGAAAUGGAUUGGAAUGGUUAUCGUCGUCGUCGUCCUUUUGUU